CGUUUAUGCCUGGUACUAUCAAUUCAAUAUACAGAAAUUUCUUGUUUCAUGCCGCGCCCUUGCGAAUCUGUGGGUAAUUGAUGUGGUGGUGUGUUUGGGGUUUUUUGGUGUAUUUUACUUAAUGUUUAAAUUCGUCAAUUUUUCUUUUACCCUAAUGUUAGUUUAUUAUACUUUGUAAUUGAAGUUAGUGAUUUUUAAUUUUGGACCCGAAUUGAAUAUUUGUUUGGGCUGCUCGCAAUAACGAUGUAAGGAAAACUUGGAGUUGUCAAGGAAUUGGAUUUUGGCAGAAUAAAAACCAUGUCUGGUGCAAAUGAAGUUAAAGUUAAUGGAGUGGUGGAGGAGAAUGGUCCUGUUCCAACAUAUGAUCCAGAUGAUCCUGAAUGUCAAAAACAAAUGUGGAGACCUGCAGACAUAAAUCAAGAUAUGAAGGAGAUGGAAAGGAGAAAACGAGUGGAUAUCAUCAUGAAUAGUCAAGUUUUCCGUGAGGAAUUAGAGAGGAUUAUAGAAUCCCAGAUUAAUGAAGGAUACCUUCCCGCCAAUUUAGCUGCAUUGCAACAGGUGACAGACUUGUUAUUACCUAAUCGUCAGUCAUCUGGGCUUCGAUCUGGACAUUGUGUAAUUCCUAUUAAUGAUAUUAGAGGUGUAGAUGGUAUUCGUUAUACUAAGAUUGAAAAACUGCUUAGAUGCAAAUUAGCUGCUCUGUACAGAUUAAUUCAUUUAUAUGGCUGGUCGCAAUCGAUAUAUAAUCAUAUUACGGUACGGGUUAGUCAAGAUCUUGAACACUUUUUAUUGAAUCCUUUUGGACUUCAAUAUCCUGAAGUUACAGCAUCGUCUCUACUUAAAGUUGAUAUGCAAGGAAAUGUUAUUGAUCCUGGUUCUACUGCAUUUUCUUUUAAUCGAGCUGGGUAUGUAUUACAUUCUGCUGUGCAUUCCGCCAGGCCAGAUGUCCGAUGUGUGAUUCAUGUUCAUGUUCCAUGCGUCAUUGCUGUUUCAUCCAUGAAAACUGGUCUCCUUGCAGUUUCUCAGGAAGCUGCUUUAAUUGGUGAUGUUAGCUAUCAUGAUUAUAAUGGUAUACUUGUUGAUGCAGAAGAACGAGAGUCUAUUGCACGUGAUCUUGGACCAGUAAACAAAGUUAUGAUUCUCCGGAAUCACGGCUGCUGCGUAAUGGGAGAAAGCAUAGAAGAAGCUCUAUUUUAUCUUCAAAAUCUUAUUUUGGCCUGUGAAGCCCAGGUUCGAUUGAUGCCCAUUGGUUUGGAUAAUAUUCAAGUAAUGUCUGAUGAUGCUAAACAACAAGUUCGAAGCAUUGUUACUACUAAUCAUAGCAUUGUAUCUGGGAAGCCUGAUAGUACUUUGGAUGAAGAGAAGGACCCAAAAGUAAAAAAGUUUAAAGUGUGGGAUUUAGAAUUUGAAGCACAAAUGCGUAUGCUUGAUAAUGCCGGAUUUAGAACCGGCUAUUUGUAUAGAUACCCACUUAUCAGAGUUGAUUUACCAAGGCAGAAAAAUGAUGUUGAAGUUCCUCCAGCUGCCACAUCAUUUGUUCAAUAUUUAGAUGAUGACAAAUGGCUAAGUCCUUUGAAAAAACUUAUGGAUGGUAAAAAAACUCAAGAUAAAAUGAGAUGGGUCAAUUCUCCAAAUGUUUAUCAAAAAGUUGAAGUCCUGGAAACUGGAACUGCUGAUCCUAAGAAAAUUACAAAAUGGGUAGAAAGACCAGAUAAUGGGGACAUUGAACCUUGGGUUCAAGAAGGUUCUCCAUCUCAUAGCACAUUAGUUAAAAUCGACAGUGCACAUCAGUUUGUACCAAAAACUGGUGAUCCUAAUGAAUUCAAAAAGAAACAGAAAGAGAUAAAAGAGAACAGAAUGCAUUCAAAAAUAACUGCUGGACCUCAGUCUUCUCUAUUAGAAGGUGUUACCUGGGAGGAAAUAAAAAAGAUGCAGGAAGAACAGUUGAAUGCUUCUGGGGAUCAAGUUGUCCUUGUUGGUGCUGCUUCCAAGGGUAUUAUACAAAGAGAAUUUCAGCAUAAUGCAAUGGUUUACAAAACAGCUUAUGCAAAGAAUCCUUUUGACAAUAUAUCUGAUCAGGAUUUAGAAGAGUAUAAAAAAAUUGUUGAUAAGAAGAUGAGAGGUGAACCAGUUGAAGAUGACAUUCCUGACCACAUUAAACCUUUGCUGCUAGAGCCAGUUUUGAUUCCAAGUCAAGGGGUAGCCUCACCAGUCAGAGACUUGAACACUCCUCCUCAAUCUCCAACAUCACCUUGCUCAGAUGAAGAAGUUCGUAAAUCUGGUGGAUCUGUUCAAAGAUCUUUAUCUGCAAGGCUUAGUAUUGAAGCUGCUGAAGAUAUUAAAGAAAAGAGUUUUCAACGUCGUACUUUGUCUGAAAGAAAACCAAAAAAUAAACAUACAGGUGAUGUUACUGUUAAUGGUGAAGAAAAAUUACGAUCUGCUGAAAGUGGAGAUGUUUCUGCUGCCUCCAGAAGUAGCAAAGAGAGUUCACCUAUUAAAGAAGUUGGAGAUGAAUCCCUGAAAAAAGAUAAAAAGAAAAAGAAGGGAUUGCGCACUCCUUCGUUCUUAAAGAAGAAGAAACACAAGAAAGAAAAAGAAGAUAAAGAAAAAGUGGCUUCCUAAAUUUGAGAUUUAAUUUGUAGGUUAAUGGUGUGAUUUGUUACUGCCAACAACCAUUAUUCACAUUAUAGCUUGGUGCUGGAUGUGACUUUCCUAAUUUGGAUAGCUUGAGUAAAGAGUGCAAUUGGUGUGCUCAUGGCUAUUUGCAAAUCAAGGAACUAAGUUGUCACUUCAGUUAACUUCUUCCAUUGUACUGCUUGUGAACUCCAUUAAAAAAUUUACAUAUUUUGCCUGAAGAUUAAAAAAAGAAGAAUCUAUCUUCUGUGUAUAGGGAACAGUAAUUCAUCUGAUAAUAUUUCAUGUGCAUAAAGUCUAUAAAUGCCUCAAUUUGUUGAAAUUGUUACUCUUCCUAUUUGUAUAAUGUUAAAGUAUUGUUUAUAUUAAAUGAGUAAAUUUCAUCAAAUUACUUGGGAAGGCAGCUAUGUUAAAUUUUUAUCUCCAUGACUUAAUUUGCUUUAAAAUUUUGAUGUUUUGUAAAAUACUUUAAGUAUGUUUUUUAGCUCCUUGAACUGUUUAAGCAUUUAGAUUUUAAUUUCAUUGCAGUUAUUGUAAUGAUAAACACUUUUUACAUGUUUGACAUUGUUCAACCAAUAUCAGCUUAUGUGCCUGUGUGUAAAUAAAAUUUUUAUUGAUGCCUUUGUUGUUAUCGAAAUAUGUUUUAUUAAGAUGUGCAAAACUUAAGUCUAUACCAAACGUCAUUUUUAUAAUGCUAGUUGUGAAUUUUAUACAUCCAGUGAGAACCAAUUAUUCAGCUAGGCUUGAAAUGUAGUUUGUAUAGAAAUUGAUGCCAUUAAUUUUAAAUUUUUUUUUGUCAUUUAUGCUUAUAUAUGUAUAUCCUGGUGCAAACUUAUGACAUAUGUGCAAGUUUUUAAUUUGUUUUGGUGAUGGGAUACAAUUUCUUUUUCUAUUCUUAUAUUUCGUUACGUUCUGUGCUCAUUGAUGUUCAGAGUAAAGUGUUCUGCUAUUUGUAUAUAUGUAUUGCAUAUUGUUUACAUUGUUCUUUUCAAAAAUUUAUGGACUGUUUUAUGAUAAAGUUCACUCUUACUGUUCUAAUUUUAAAACUUGAAAUAAUUCAAGCCUGGUUGUUCAUUGUGAUCGAAAAUUCAUUGCUUUCAAAGCAAGCUACUUGUAUUUAAAAUUGAGAAAUAUAUUUUAUCGCAUUCUCUAAAUAAAGAUGUAUCUAAGCACACAUAUUUAAAUAUUUAAUAUUUUCUUAUGUUUUCUUGAAUUGUAUUGUUUUUUUUUCAUAGCAAUUUUUAGAUUUAUUCGUUUUACUCUUUCUUAUGGCAUAACUGUGCAAUUUCAUGUUAAUUUUUACAAUUUAAUUAUGAUUCAGUGUAUUUAAUCUAAUUGAAUGUAGAAUAAAAAUUGAUGCAGUUGAA